AUGUCGUCAUCAUUCAGAAACGGGAAGUAGCGUGAAAAGCGUUCGAGACCAGAUAGUUAACCGGAUUUUAAGUCGUUGUUUAUCCGGUUCCAUUCAAAACGGCGAGUUUUCUUGUACACACACACACCUGUACGUACAUUUUCUUGUAAAAGGAGCCGCAAUGAAAGAGAGAGCUUUCUUUCUGGUUUAUUAUUUACUGACCGUUUCGUUGGCCGAAAGCGACGCUGUUACACCCGCGUCGAAACAUGGAAGCGAUACAAUUAACGUCACUACUCACAAACCCGCGAGCACGAAACACACCGGGAACUUUACUUUAAACAGUCUGGAAUUGGACGGCUCUAUGAUCCAGAGGGCUUUGUACGUGCUUAUCGGCAUCACUAUUAUAGGAGUACUUUAUUUCCUCGUCCGAGCAGUCCGUCUGAAGAAAUCUUCCACCCCGAGAAAAAAAUAUGGACUUCUGGCAAACUACGACGACACAGUGGAGAUGGCACAGCUGGAGAGUGACGAAGAUGACAACACUGUGUAUGAAGCCAAAUCACUGAGAAGAUGAGUCCCGAGGGCAAAGAGGACGAUGAAGCAAUAAAGUGGAUCGGACCAAAAAGACCAUCUCGGAGUUUAUACGUUGGAAAGAUGGACCUCGGGCUGUGGUGUGUUUUGAGUAAAUCCCGUUAUCUUUGGUACUCUUUGAUACUAAAACUGCUAAAGAGACAAGUCUCUGCAGCUGUGAAACUGUGGGAUGAGUUCUGUAACAGAUAAAUUCCUGGAGGUGCCAUACUGUAUUUGUGUCAUACUGUGUGUGUGUGUGUGUGUGUGUGUGUGUGUGUUUUCCUCCUCAUCUUUGCUUUCAAUGAUUUUGUUUUCAUUUUCCUUCUUCAUGCUAUGACCUGCAUGCUAAUUUCCCAUCGCUGCAUCCAGAUAUACGAUCUAAUAUAACAGAGCUGCAGGAUGUUAUGAUAUUAUUAUUAUUAUUAUUAUUAUUAUUAUUAUUAUUAUAUUGCUUUUCAAUUUAACAUCAGUAUUGCAAAAGCGAGUAACACGAUCACGAUUAACAAACAACACACACUGUCAUGGCCGCGAGGCCGCGUUUUCUUAAUUAAAGCUGGGUUAUACAGGGUUAUUGUGCCGUUCUGGAAACUGAUGGACUUUAUAUAUUUAUAUAUGGACUCGUUAGAAGUCUAGAAAUUCAGAUUAAAAAUAAUUAAUUAUAAUUUUUUUGUUAUCGGAGUAAAUCUUUAGCUCUCCGCACUAACAGAGCAUCUCUAAUGCGUGUUCCAUUUAAUGUGUGGUUUUUUUUUUUUUUUUCUUUUUCAGUAUACAGAGUCAGAAUUUUCUAAGUUAGAAAUGAAUUCUGUAGAAUGUUGUUGGUUUUUUUUUUUUUUUUCUUCUUUCUUUUUUCAGCUGAAAAUGAUGCGUCUUCUAUACUCUGGGCAAAAAGAGUUAGGGUUGGGGUUUUUUUUUUUUUUAUUUAUUUUUUUUUUCCCCCCAGCUUCUUUACAGCAUGCUUAUCAUCUGUAGGAUGCCAUCAAAACAAUGAAACCGAACCGAGUUGCAAAUUUAACCCUAAUUUACCUUAAUUAUUGAAAAAUUCUAGAGGGAAAGCUGUUCUAUUACACGCCGUCUCAGUCUUCAGUUAUCUGAACUUUUUUAUUCAUCGCUAAAUAAAAAAGAAAAUACUCAAUUUAAUGCUUUCUUUUGGCCUCUGAGUGUAGUGGAAAGAAAAAGUUUAUUUCCAUAUAUAUAUAUUAUAUAAUUUUUAAACAUUCCCUUAAAUUAAUUUCAUGCACCUCAUUAAGCCUUUAACAUCUUUUUUUUUUGUUUUUUUUUUAAUUGCUUUUUCUUCCCUGAUGGAACGGAUGAAAGUGUGCUGAUAAUCGAUGGCAUGAGAACUUGAUUGUUUUUUUGUUUUUUUUUUUGCUUUUCCAUGCACUGACGAUGGCUUUGCUAACCCGAGCCGAUUUUAUUUCGGUAGAUCGUUGACGUGCGCUGGAUUUCUGUUCAUUGUCUCUUCAUUUCCUCCGUGCUUUUGGAUGCCCGAACGUUCCUGCACCUCUGGUUGCUUUAUUCCUUCACAGUGAACGCGGGUUUAUCUUUUCCUUUUCGAAUCGUUGACCAUGAAACAAUGUAUUUCUAUCUUUAAUAUUCCUCCGUCCAGUGAAGGUAGCUGUAUUUGAGUGAACGUUACGAGACGAGCUCAGUGCUGUCUUGUGUUUUUUCAUGUGGGGGGUGGGGGAGGGGUUGGGGUUGGGGGGGGAGCUCCACGUCAAUAUUUGGUGUUUAACGUCCAGAAAUUGUGCCUUCGAGUGUUUUCUAUUGAGACGGGCUGUAAUUCAACGUGAUCUGUGGACUCAACAUGUUUUCUGCAUUCCUGUAUUUUGAAAGCUUUAAAUUUCUUUGUAAAAAGGAUUAAAAAAAAAAAUUAUUAUAUUUCAUACUUAAUAUAUUUCUAAAACAACCUUUCAGAAGUUCUAUAAAUGAGUGGAAUAUUGAUUGACUGACAUGUUUUUGUCAAUAUUUUGUUAUUAAAGCUUUAAAGAAAGCCAAAUUGGGAGGAUUUUAGUCAAAUAUCGUUGGCGCUGAUUUGUGCGUACUUUUCUCACACGCUCUCUCUCUAAUAGGACGAUUCUCUUCAGUAAUCACGAUCAAACAAAACCUUUUUCUUUUUAAAAAAAAAAAAAAAAAAUGUCCUGUUCUAACACACCCACAACUCCGUUUGCCCUGAUUGGCUGGAUGUUUACUUCCAUUUGAAGUGUAGUUAUUUGUUGAGUAUACUUCAUUCAGAUGGAUCGCAUGCUGUGAUGUUUUAGGGGGCUGUGCCUCUGUCGCUCUGUUGUUGAUGAUUAACAGCGUUUUCUGGAAUUUUUUUUUUUUUUUUGAAAUAAAAAGCCUUUAGCUAAGCGUGUGUUGAGUCGAUGCAUUCUUUCAAGGUCACGGCCUUGCGGAUAGAAAUUCCACGAAAUCACAGACGAAAUGUUUUUACGUCCAGGCUUUUUGACUGCUGUCUGUGAUUGACAGUUGUCAUGUCACCGAACAGCUAUAAGAUUAAAACCACCUGCCUAAUAUUGUGUAGGUCCUCCUUGUGCCCCUAAAACAGCUCUGACCUGUCGAGGCACGCACUCCACAACACCUCUGAAGGUGUGCUGUGGUAUCUGGAACCAGAUCCUUUUAAGUCCUGCGAAGUGGGGCCACUAUGGAUCGGACUUGUUUGUCCAGAACAUCCCACCGACGCUCGAUCGGAUUGAGAUCUGGGGAAUUUGGAGCCCGAGCCGACACCUUGAACUCUUUGUGAUGUUCCUCAAACCGUUCCUGAUCACUUUUUGCAGUGUGGCAGGUCGCAUCAUCCUGCCGAAAGAGCCCACUGUCAUUAGGGAAUAGCGUUGAAAUGAAGGGGUGUACUUGGUCUGUGACAGUGUUUAGGGAGGUGGUACGUGUCAAAGUAACAUCCACAUGAAUGCCAGGACACAAGGGUUUCCACCGGCUUGCCUUCUUCCCAUAGUUCAUCCUGGUGCCAUGUCUUCCACAGGUAAGCGACACACACUCGCACACCCAGCCGUCCACAUGAUGUAAAAGAAAACGUGAUUCAUCAGACCGGGCCACCUUCUUCUAUUGCUCCAUGGUCCAGGUCUGAUGCUCAUGUGCUCAUUGUAGGUGAUUUCAGCAGUGUACAGGAGUCAGCAUGAGCACUCUGACUGGUCUGUGAUUACGCAGCUCGAUACACAGCAAGCUGCGAUGCUCUGUGUGUUCUGACUCCUUUCGAUCAUAGCCAGUAUUCACUUUUUCAGCAGUCUGUGCUACAGAAGCUCUUCUGUUGCAUAGCACCAGACAGGCUAGCUUUCACUCCCCACGUUCAUCACUGAGCUUUGGUCUGCCCAUGACCCUGUCUCCAGUUCACCGGUUCACCAGUAACCCCUGCAUACCAGGAACAAGACCCGCUGUUUUGGAGAUGUUCUGACCCAGUCGUCUAUCCAUCACAAUGUGGCCCUUGUCGAAGUCGCUCGGAUCCUUACGCGUGCCCAUUUUUCCUGCUUCCGACACGUCAACUUCGAGAACCGACUUCUCACGUGCUACUUAAUGAAUCCCACUCCUUUACAGGUGCCAUUGUAACGCGAUAAUCAAUAUUCACGUCACCUCUCAGUGGUUUUAAUGUUAUGGUUGAUCAGUGUAUGAAUACAUAAAUAUAUUUUCUGUUCGCUUAAUACCAAUCUUCUCAUGUAAACAUAUACUGUAAGUAGAGUAAUAUUGUGCACACACACACACACACACACACACAGUCAUUUACUCCUGAAAAUACUGAAAUGAUAUUUGUGUUCCUGAGUGGUGCAACAGAUAAGCGAGUAUCUAGUCCACGUCCUCCAUGAUUCAGGCCUGAGCUUCAGUUGCUGUGUGUGGAGUUUAUUCUUGUAGGUUUCCUCCAAGAUCUCCGCUUUGUUCCCACAUACCGAAGAAGACACGCCAGUAGAGGUAGGUUCAUGACUCUACAUUUUCCCCACGUGUGAAUGUGCGUAGGUCUUAAAGAUUCGGCGUCCAAUCCAGAGUGUAUUCCUGCCUUUAUUCCAGAUUCAUUAACAUAUCCCUGUGCAUCCACCAGGUGGCGCUCUGUGUCUGUCUAGUCCACCAGCCAAGCUGUGAACCGUUUACAGCCAAAUCAGUGCUUCUGGUUUAAAUAUAGAAGGUUCAGUUGAUGUGAUCUGU